AUGCCUCCAAAUAAUUGUUCCCACCUGAACUUGGAAGUGGACCCUUUCCUGUCCUGCAACGACACCUUCAAUCAAAGUCUGAAUCUCCCCAAGAUGGACAACUGGUUUCACCCGGGAAUCAUCUAUGUCAUUCCUGCAGUUUAUGGCCUUAUCAUCGUGAUAGGCCUCAUUGGCAACAUCACUCUCAUCAAGAUCUUCUGUACGGUCAAGUCCAUGCGAAACGUGCCAAACCUGUUCAUCUCUAGUCUGGCUCUGGGAGACCUGCUGCUGCUGGUAACAUGUGCCCCUGUGGAUGCCAGCAAGUACCUGGCUGACAGGUGGCUAUUUGGCAGGAUUGGCUGCAAACUGAUCCCCUUUAUACAACUUACUUCAGUGGGGGUGUCUGUCUUCACACUUACAGCCCUGUCAGCUGACAGGUACAAAGCCAUUGUCCGGCCAAUGGAUAUCCAGGCAUCCCAUGCCCUGAUGAAGAUCUGUCUCAAAGCUGCCUUGAUCUGGAUCGUCUCUAUGCUGCUGGCCAUCCCGGAGGCUGUGUUUUCUGACCUCCACCCCUUCCAUGUGAAAGACACCAACCAAACCUUCAUUAGUUGUGCCCCCUACCCACACUCCAAUGAGCUGCAUCCUAAAAUCCACUCCAUGGCAUCCUUUCUGGUUUUCUAUGUUAUCCCACUCGUGAUCAUCUCUGUCUACUACUACUUCAUUGCCCGAAAUCUGAUUCAGAGCGCCUACAAUCUUCCCGUGGAAGGCAAUAUACACGUCAAGAAGCAGAUUGAAUCCCGGAAGCGGCUUGCCAAGACAGUACUGGUGUUUGUAGGCCUCUUUGCCUUCUGCUGGCUCCCCAACCACGUCAUCUACCUGUACCGUUCCUACCACUACUCUGAGGUGGACACCUCCAUGCUCCACUUUGUCACCAGCAUCUGCGCCCGCCUCCUGGCCUUCACCAACUCCUGUGUGAACCCCUUUGCCCUUUAUCUGCUGAGCAAGAGCUUCAGGAAGCAGUUCAACACUCAACUCCUCUGCUGUCAGCCUGGCCUGAUGAAUAGAUCCCACAGCACAGGCAGAAGUACCACCUGCAUGACCUCCUUCAAGAGCACCAACCCCUCAGCUACCUUUAGUCUCAUCAACGGAAAUAUCUGUCAUGAAGGGUAUGUCUAGACUAACCUUCAAUUUUGCCUCUUAAGGAACUCCUGGUAUUGUUCUAUGGAUGUCCAGGAGCCCUGGAAUUAUUGUUGUCUCUACACCUUCUGAAGAGUCUUCAGGGGGAUGAGUGAUACAGAUGGGUGGGAGAGAUGUCCAAAUGCAUCAAUCUCCAUCAAUCACCAAAGGAAGCCAUCAGGUUUCAUUUUCUGAUGGAGAUCAAAUCUUCCCUUAAAAACAAGGAACAAAUUGGAAAUUAUUAUUCAAAGAGCCGAGCCCUGCUAGGCAAGCAUGGUCAAUUAAGUCUUCGAAAUUAUAUGAACAAAGAGA